CAGUUCUGCUGACAGUCUGCUGCAUGAGGAGGAAGAAAAAGACAUCCAACCCAGAAAACAACCUGAGCUAUUGGAAUAAUGCUAUUACCAUGGACUACUUCAACAGGCAUGCUGUAGAGUUACCGAGAGAGAUCCAGUCACUGGAGACUUCAGAG